ACACACACACUCGGCAGCACUCACACACAGUCGGAGCUGAGCAGAGGAGCUCGCAUCCAGAUCGGUGCCAGACGCACGGUCGACGCUCCGUGUUUGCGCGACUUUUCCUGCGUUUUUGUUCAGUUUAAAUAUAAUAAGAGUUAAUAUAGUGAAUUAAUAGUUAAUAUCGCAACUUUUGUGUCAACUUUGAGGCUUUUUUUGUUGUGUCUGAUUUCUACGCGUAUUUGGAGUAUCUCUGGGGAUUAAAGGUGGACUCUCCACGAACCGCAGCGCAGAAGUCAUCUUGAAAAGACAACUUCGGCCAGGAUUAGUUUCUUUCCGCCGCAGGAGCGCAGCAGCAGCUCGGAGUCAGUGCGUCUUCAUCUGGGUUCUCUCUCUCUCUUUUUUAUUUUUCUUGGUUUUUUGGGUGUUUUUUUUUUUUUUACUUGAGCCGUCCCAGAAAUGGUGGGGCACCUACAUUUACAAGCGAUGGAUGAUAGUCUGAAAGGAAAGAACCGGGAAGGGCUGCUCGACAGUCCGGAUUCGGGGUUGCCCCCCAGCCCCAGUCCGCCCUUCUGCUCACUCUCUCCGGGUCUGAUCGAGUCGCGCUCCGGCAGCUGCACGACGCCCGUCGAAAGCCAUCAUGGAUAUUACAGAAAGGAGAGCAGGGAAGGCAAACUGCUGCCCUACCUGCUGCUGAACGCCACAGGAACAGACCCGAAGACCCGCAUGCACCCCGUGUUCUUCGGAGAAAGCAUCGAGGUCAACCCCAAACCGGAGCAGGAAAUCAAGUGCAACUCGGAGGUCAAGUACGACUCCGACAAGCAUUACCGGGACCAGGUCUACUGCGCCCCCGUUCCCACGGCCACCUCCUUCAGCGAGACGGUGGUUGCGGUUCGGGACUGCACCUGGAGGAGCUACAAGUCGCAGGUGUACCUGGAGCCACGGCAGAAGCCCAUCAGCUACCGGAGCACCACCAUCAUCUACCCGAAGCACGCCAAGAACACUUACCGCACCACGCUCAACUACAACGCCGCGGGCUCCCGCCGCUGGUUCGUCUCCACGGUGCAGCUGGAGUCGAGCGAGGACACUAGUCCCUGUAUCAUCUACACCGAGGACCUGUAGGGGGAGGAGCUACUCGGUGAUUGUGUUCACGGAGGACGAGGAAAAAAAACCCUGUUCAUCUUUACUCGCCAUGGAGGGAACUCUGGGAAGCCUUUAGUGAUAUUUAGACUUUCUACUGAUGCAGUCUUUAAAAAAAGGGAGUUGGUCCUCUGGCAGUUUAAAGCUGCACUUCAAUGGUUCAAUGUCUUAUUUAAUGCAAGAGCUGACAAAUUGGUGGCCCCGUUGCUCUCCUUCGGGUUGGACUGUAACCUCGACGAAGGUUAACAGUCUGUGUGUGUGUAGAGAAAACCCAGUCACACCAAUGCAAAGCUUUCUCCUGAUACGCUUUAUUGCACUUGUUUUCUAUAUAUAUAUAUAUAUAUACAUAUCAAUAUAUAUAUAUAUAUCACAGUCCUCUCUGUGGGAAUUUCAGUGCUGCAUGUGAAAAAAAUUGGACCAAAGAUUAUAGUUUGAACUCUUUGUAGUAACUCCACACGCUGACAGGACCGGACGCUCGCUUUACUGUUCAUUUACUGCGUUCAAUCACCAGAAACAGAGAAUUAAUGAGUCUGAUCAAAAGACGGACGACGAAGUAACGAAAGGGAUAUUUGAAAACUUUGAGUUAAGAUAAAUAAGUUCUUGUUUGGAGGUGCAGAGCAAAACACUCAGUAAAGUUUUGGGGGGUAAAAAAAGAACCUUAAUUGUUAUUUAUUAAGAGUUUAGAGUCACCAGGACAGUAGGACCACAUCAUGUACAGUUACAAGAUGAACGUGUAUGUUUGUAUCAGUUUGUCUUUAACCUGUUUCGGUUUAUUAGACAAUCGGGGGAAGUGUUACUGAAAUGAAGUAGUCUACUUCUCUAUGGAAGUCAAACACAAACAGAUAAAACUGUUUCCAACCUCAUUCUGGACCCUUGGUGGCGCCGGCUAUUCGUAAAUUCAUCACUAAGUUUAUGCAUAAAAAAACUCGUUAGUUAGCUUUGAAAUGCAGAAAGGAGGCAGCGUAAAUCGGUUGCUAGGAAACAUCUGCAUCUUUUUAGCAGUUGGUUUGACCCUUCCCAAGUCCCGCCUUUUUCCAAAGCCAAUCAAUCAACCAAUCGAAAUGAUAAAAAUAAAAUUUACAGAGUGUUUAACAACAGCUAAACUAAAACCUAGAUAACGGUAGUUAAACGAUAAAAGCGACAUAUAGCCACAAAUGAAUGAUUUUUUUGACCAACUUUCAUAUUUUAACAGCAUUUGGCAGUUAGCUUGUGACUUGUGAAUAUGUGACUAUUUAUAUAUAUUUCACUUUUAUCUUUUAACCAUCUUCAAAAUGUGGCUGUCUUUCUAACAUAGAUUAGUUUAGCACAUAGCAUAUUUGCUCAACUGUGAUUGGACUACAGAGCAAACCAGGCGGUUCCCUAACCCCUAAACCCUGAUCCUAGGGAACAUAGGACCCUGGGAACAUAGAUUAUCUCGUAAAUUACCUGGUUAGCAAAUUUUUUUUAAGAUGUGAACAUCCACUCAAUACUAAAUCAAUAUUUUGUGCCACUUUUGCUAACCUUAGCUAACUAAAUGCUGACUAUAUAUAUAUUUAUUGAUGUCGCUUUUAUCUUUUAACCGUCGUCUUUCCAACAUAGAUUAGCCUAACACGUAGCAUAUCUACAUACAGGAAAGGAGGAAGUUAACCGAGGCUUGCUCAACUGUGAUUGGAGCUCAGAGCAAAAAGGGGCGGGGCUUAGGAAGGGUAAGUUCCCUAAACCCCUAACCCUAGAAGUGGGGAACAAAGGAUCAACCAAACUCUACAUAAGAGCUAAUUUAUGUACAGCACCUUUAAAUUUCCGGACGUGUAAUAAACUUUAUUGAACUUACGAACAGCCGGCGAGCGUUUUCACAUAUCAACAAAUUAAUAUUGAUCCAUUUUUCUGAUCCAAAGUAGCUCAAAAACAUCAGAUUUCCCUGUUGAAGAUGUAAAAUAGAUUUCUUUUUUAAUUGAGCGACUUCUUUUUGUGUCUGUCUUAUAUAUAAAUAUAUAUAUUUAGAUUAUUUGAACCAUGGCAAAUAUUGAAACUUCAGACUUUACCUCAAAUCUUCUUAGGUAUGAGUUUUAUUUCAUUGCAAAAUGUGUAUUCCCGACUUUCAGUUUCGGUCUUGAGCUUGCGGUCUUGUUAAGUUUUUGUUUUUUUAUAGUGUGAAAUACCCUCCAGGUAAUAAAAAGAGGUGGGAGCGACGUGGAGGGCACAAAGCUGAGGUGGUGCAUCAGUACUGUAAGAUGGGUACUGGGGGGGUUCUAACGAGGGAACAGAAAGUUUAUACAAAGAGCAAGAAGUCCGUUCUGCUCUUUAAAAAAAGGGAAUAAUUACAGAAGAGGUGAUUGAAUUGUUCCUGGUAAGGUGAUGGAGAGUUUCGCUACGUGUUGAUGGUCUGUGAAAUGUCGUCGGGGGGGUGUCGAGCUCGAUGGUUUUUAUGUGAGAUACGUUUUUUUGUGUUUCCUAACACUUGAUUUUGUUACUGUAAAAUAUUUUCCUGUUGUAUAUGUGGCAUCGAGGCACUUCAUAAUUCUUUAUAUUUUUGUACGUCAAUCAGCGUUCCUGUUCUGAUCAAAGGAAAUAAUUUAAAAAGAUGUAUAUCCUAAUUGAAUAAAAAAAGAAAAGCAAUUCCCAAACCCUAA